AGCCAGCUUCAGGAAGCGGGCCUGGACGAAACUGGCACAGGAGGGUUUUAGGACCCAGCGGGGCACGGCGAACCAGGGGAAGGGUCGGGGAGGUCGGGAGCGCGCCCGUGAUUCCGGAGCAGCGGCGGAGUCGGGAGCGAGCAGAUUCUCUAAUCAUGGCUCAAGUAGAGAAACGGGGAGGCUUGCUCCGGAAAUCUUCAGCCUCCAAAAAACCACUGAAGGAAAAAGUAGUGCUGAUGUAUGAUGAGAUUUUCAUGAAGGAGGACCCCAGUAAGUGCAGUCCUCGGUUUUGGGAGGAGCUCUUCCUUAUGAAGGUGAAUUUAGACUAUCUAGAAGGCAAACUGGAAUCUCUUGAUGGCGAGGAGUUAUUGAAGAUCAAGGACAAUAUUAAUUGCUUGUUUCAACACUGCAUCCAGGCUCUGGGAGAGGAGCAUCCAAUUCGAGUUGUCAAUGCAUUACAGACCUUGUGUGCACUUAUUCGAGGAGUCCACCAAAAGAAUAAAUCUACCUCUGGAUUUGACAUUAUCAACAUGCUGAUGGGCUUUGACAAAGCAGAGUUGUGCAUGAAGAACUUGAUGGAGAGUUUGGAUUCACUGCUUUGUGCUGAAGGUUCUGAAAGCCUGAAAAGUUUAUGUCUGAAACUUCUCCUUUGCUUAGUUACUGUGACAGACAACAUCAGCCAGAACACUAUCCUGGAAUAUGUAAUGAUCAACAGUAUAUUUGAAGCAAUUUUACAGAUUCUGUCCCAUCCCCUAAGUCGCAGGGAACAUGGCUAUGAUGCUGUUGUCCUCUUGGCUUUGCUGGUCAACUACAGAAAAUAUGAGUCUGUGAAUCCUUAUAUUGUGAAGCUGUCUAUUGUGGAUGAUGAAGCUACACUCAAUGGAAUGGGGCUUGUGAUUGCUCAGGCUUUAUCAGAGUACAACAGGCAGUACAAAGACAAGGAAGAAGAACACCAGAGUGGCUUUUUCUCUGCUUUAACAAAUAUGGUGGGCAGCAUGUUCAUAGCAGAUGCCAAUGAGAAAAUCUCAGUACAAACCAAUGAAGCCAUUCUUCUUGCACUUUAUGAAGCUGUCCAUUUAAACCGCAACUUCAUCACAGUAUUAGCUCAGAGUCAUCCAGAAAUGGGGUUGGUGACGACCCCUGUCAGUCCUACUCCAACAACUCCAGUCACACCACUUGGGACCACACCACCCUCCUCUGAUGUUAUAAGUUCUGUGGAACUCUCACUGGAUGCAGAUGUACAGACCAGUAAUCUACUGAUAACCUUCUUAAAGUAUAGCUCAAUUGUCAUGCAGGACACCAAAGAUGAACACAGGUUUCACAGUGGCAAGCUCUGUCUGAUUAUCCUUACUUGUAUUGCAGAGGAUCAAUAUGCCAAUGCAUUUUUGCAUGAUGACAACAUGAAUUUUCGAGUAAAUUUACAUAGAAUGCCAAUGAGACACAGGAAGAAGGCUGCUGACAGGAACCUCCCCUGCCGUCCUCUAGUGUGUGCAGUCCUGGACCUGAUGGUAGAGUUUAUUGUAACACACAUGAUGAAGGAGUUUCCUAUGGAUCUCUAUGUGCGCUGUAUUCAGGUAGUACAUAAACUGCUUUGUUACCAGAAGAAGUGUAGAGUUCGCCUGCAUUACACCUGGCGGGAACUGUGGUCAGCCUUGAUAAAUUUGCUGAAGUUCCUUAUGUCAAAUGAAACUGUACUUUUGGCCAAACACAACAUUUUUACAUUAGCCCUUAUGAUUGUGAAUCUAUUUAAUAUGUUUAUCACAUAUGGUGACACAUUCCUGCCAACCCCCAGCAGCUACGAUGAACUUUACUAUGAGAUUAUCCGAAUGCACCAGAGCUUUGACAACCUCUACUCCAUGGUCCUUAGGCUUUCUACCAACGCUGGCCAGUGGAAGGAAGCAGCUAGCAAGGUGACCCAUGCACUAGUUAAUAUCAGAGCCAUCAUCAACCACUUUAAUCCCAAAAUUGAGUCCUACGCUGCUGUGAAUCACAUAUCUCAGCUGUCAGAGGAACAGGUACUAGAGGUGGUGCGAGCCAACUAUGACACACUCACACUGAAGCUUCAGGAUGGCCUGGACCAGUAUGAGCGGUACUCCGAGCAGCACAAGGAAGCUGCCUUCUUCAAAGAGCUGGUUCGUUCCAUUAGCACCAAUGUCCGGAGGAACCUGGCCUUCCACACACUCAGCCAGGAGGUCCUGCUAAAGGAGUUCUCCACUAUCUCCUGAGGCCACACCGCCUGAGAGCCACUGACUGCCCUUGCCCACGAAGCUCCUGAGCUGGAGGGGGAGCGCAGGGAGUGGGGACUGCAAGGAUUGGGGACUGCCUCCAAGGUUGGAGAGAAGCACAGACACAGACAAGAGACUUGGUGAAGGCCAUGCUUCAGCAGAGUUUGGACAGUGUGGGGGGGGGGGCAAACCCAGGAUGAUCUUAUUUGGGGAGGAAUGGGUGGGUAAAGGAGAGUGUGAGGCUUCUAGGCUGGGCUCUCUGGAUUCUGCCUCCUGUGUCCAAUUGAGAUCACAAGUUGUGUCUUCUGAGUAGUUUUCAGGAGCUGGUUGGGUAAGUCUCAGCUGAUACCAACACUCUGAAGGCCAAUGGCUAGUCUUGGCUGGUGUCACAUCCUGUUUCCUUUUAACCUGGAGCUGAGCUAGGCCCCUACCCAUGCUGCACUUUGUUCAGUCCUUAGAACCUUAGCUUAAGCUUAAGGUAGGUCAGGGUUAGGGUACCUUUUUCUGAUUUCUAAAUUCAAAGUUGAUGCCUCUGAGAAACUGGAGAUCGGAAACUUCCUGGUGCUCUGCUGUCUGACCACUACUUUCUGGAUUUUAGUUUUGGCACCAGAAGUACCUGUUCACUUUCCCAUGGCUUCUAACCAUUGACUCAUCAGCACAAUAGGCCCACAACUUUAGCCUUUCAUUUUAGUCUGUUUUAUACUGUCUUAAAGAGUGUAUGUGAAAUAAACAUUGACAGGUUUUCUGGAGCCCUCAAGGUGCCUACUUUGCUGGUUCCCUCUUCAGCAGCUUCCCCCCACCCCUCACUCCCCACUCCCUACACCAGGAUCCUCUGCUGAGCUCCCCUCCACGUGUUCCACCCCCUUACCCUGCUGUUGUUUACAUCCAGCCUGCCUAAGAAUUUCCUCUUGGGAGGAAUCUGUUCCUGCUGUGGUCUGGUGCUCCGAAGAAGAGAACCUGCUGGGGGUAGGGUGCCUUUCAUCUGAAACAGGCCAGGUGAGCAUCAUUCUUCAGGCUCCACCUUGUCUAGCUAUCUUGACUAGCUGGGCCUCAGGCACAUCUCCUGUCCUUUGGGAAGUUGGUCUCCUGAGAGGCUAGCCAAAGGAAACUCCACAGGCCAACUUCCCCAUAGCUGCCCCUGAAAUAGCUGCACUCUAAGAUCUUCCCUGUCUAAGCACUUUGUAAAGCCCCAGGAUGGCAGGGAGCAAAUAGCAUGGAGGGAAUCUGAGCAAGGGAUAGAUCAGGGCAGGCGGAGCUUCCCAAGCUGCUCUCCAUUUAGUAUCAUCCCUUUGGGUACUUACCCUCCUUGGAAACUAUAGUUCUGAUUGAGCAGAAGUGAACUAGUUCUAAAGAAUCCAUGCAGACUGCCAUGCAUAGCAGGUUCUGAAGCCAUCACAGGCUGCAUCAUCUUUGAUCACUGGUCACUAGAUGGAUAACUUGGCAAGGGCGUUUAAGUGUUUUUCACGGUGAUAAAUCCCAGAGCUACUGGAUCUGAAAUUGGUCAAAUUUGAAGCCAAUCAAAGCUAUUAAAACUUGAUUUGUGUGGGACAGUC